CGAUCUUAAAAACAAAAGGUAGUAGCACGUACGUACGUGACCUAAAAUAAAACUCGUUGGAAAAGCUAUACCAUAUACCGACCGCGAUCGCUCAGCUGUUUGUUUACUAUGACGAUUGGCGACAAAAAUAUAUCAAUACAUUUGACAUUACCAAUGUUUAUUUCAGUUAGAUCGUCAUUAGUCAUUAACUGGAAUACUGGAAGAACUCUUUAUGUUCGGAUGGAGUUGUAGUUACGAAAGUAGGAGCGGUUAUUUUGGUGUCUUCUUCGACUUCGUUUACUUGCACAGUGACAGUGCAGAGACAGUUGAAUGUUGGUUGACUUGACGUUGUUCGAGCUGAGAUUUGAGUGUGAUUAAUCACCAACUUGAUCAAGAAAAUAUUAAUAAAACUAUACGUGCAACAGUUCAAAACCCCAAAAUGGAAUGAUCGUUGGACGGGAAUUUUCGGGCAGUUGUCCUGUUGAAAGCUAGACUACUGACUAGAGUCUAGGUCUCUCUUCUUCUUCUUUUUUUAGACACAAGUGGCUAAAAAUCAGUUGCACAAGAAGAAGUGACUCUCACUUUGAAGACAAAACUUACUUCAAAAGUCAAGAUGGGGAGCAUGAAUAAGAGUGACAGGGUAACCCUUCGGAUUAUACAUCCCAUGAAUGGGAAUAACAAAGAAUUCAAUUUUGUGCCUGAAGACACUGCAUCAGAUGUAUCACAGUAUGUCUUUGAUAACUGGCCAGAAGAUUGGGAGAAUAACAGAGUAAGGUCUGCCCAUAUACUUCGAUUGAUAUAUCAAGGAAGAUUUAUUCAUGGAAAUGUUUCAUUAGGAGCUUUACAGUUACCUCUUGGUAAGACAACAGCAAUGCAUAUAAUGGCAAGAGAAACUCUACCAGAACCCAACUCACAAGGACAAAGGAACCGAGGGAAGACAGAGGAGAGUAAUUGUUGUGUGAUUCUCUGAGAGAAGCUACGUUCUUUAUGCGCAAACCGUGAUAUAGAGCUCACACAAACUGAAACUUUUUAUGAAGAGCCCGAUACCAUCCAUUUAUAGCAGGACCUUGUUCUCAUGCUCGAUUCAAGUCGAUUUCGAAACGUUGAACAUCAUUCCUACAUGCCCAACAGGAAACGUCAUUCAUGUAUCUCUCUCUACGUGGUGUCUUGUGCUUGGCCGGUUCACUUACGUGUAGUUUUAUAUUUCGAUUCGUAUGCAAGGGUUGUUACCCUCUGGAAAUUUCUCAAGUCGUAUUCAGACAUUGAUUCGGUAGACAGACAUGCUUUGUGAACUCUUAAUGUGUUAUGAUUGAAUAUUUAUUCAUGCUGUCUUUUUGGAGCCUGAAGAGCAUUAACUCAUGUACUUUAACACAGAAUUGAUGCCCUUUUGUCUCCAAACGGAUGACGUGUAUACAUGUACAUGUAAUGUUUUGUUCCAUGAUUUGAGUUCUAUAAUUCUGUAAAUUUUGCUGUACAACCUCAGAAUUACCAGAUUUGUUUGUAUUUUUAGUGAUUGCACUAACCUAUCCUUGUAAACAAACAAAAAAAAUGAAAAUGAUGCAUAUGAGGAAGGGUCGAGGGAAUACUACAUUAUGUUACUGUAGCCUACAAUCCAUGUAUAUAUAUUUCAACUUGUAAUCAUU